UUUAAAAAAUCACCAGAGAUAGAGAUGCAGAGGAAAAAGACAUACAGUAAAAGUUCUUCGUCCAGAGAAUGAAGGAUUGAGUCAAGAUGUUUUCUUUCAUCUGUCUAACUCUGAUCUUCAAAUGGAUAAACAUCAGUUCCAGCUUAGCCUCUUUAGAUGCGAGUCCAAAUCCCACAUCGAUGAUCCCUCCAGUGACAGAAGGACAAGUAACUAAUCUGACUCCUACUCCAGACAUCUGCCCUGAUGGGGAAUCCUCUAACUUAAACUGUAAUUUAACUGGAUCGAACAAUACCUUUAACACAGCGAGUAACAAGACAGUAAAUGAUACUGAUAUUCUCAACAAAACAUGUUUGAAGACACUGGAGAUGACUGGAGAGACAGUUGUUGAUGAGGGUGAAACUCUCAAUCUGACCUGCACAGUGAAACCUGCAUCUAAAAUCACAUGGUCCAAACUUGGCUUAAACAAAAGCCUGAAAAAUGACAGUGGAUUGGACUAUGGAACAUCCACCCUCAUCAUAGAUGAUGUGACAACAGAGGAUUCUGGACAGUAUAUCUGUGCAACACAUCAAAACAAUUUAACAAAAGAGAUUAAUGUUACCGUGAUACAUAAGAAGAAACUUGAAAUUACUGGAGAGAAGACUAUUGAGGAGGGUGACACACUUAGACUUAUCUGUAAGGGUUUUCCUCAAUCUCUCCUCAUUUGGACUAAAUUUGACUCCAAUACAAGCCUGAUCAAUGGCACCGGAACAGCAACCCUCAUCAUUCAUAAUGUGACAAGCAAGAACUCUGGUCUGUACAUGUGCACUGCACAACACCAGAACACAACUCUGACAGAAAAUGUGGACAUAAAAGUAAAAUGGAUAAAAACACCAACGAUCACUGGUGAAUCCACCAUUAGACAAAACGGGAGCCUGAAUCUGACCUGCACUGUUGAUGCUUUUCCUUCUUCUAUCAUCACAUGGACUAAACCUGGCUUAAACGUCACCCUGAAGAGUGAACCUGGACUUGAAACAUUGACUCUGCUGAUCCAUAACGUGACAGAGGAACAUUCUGGGCAGUAUUAUUGUUCUGCAGUGUACCCUAAGAAGAAAUUGGUGCAAAACAUUAACAUUACUGUGAUAUAUCAAAAGAGACCUAAAAUCACUGGAGAGAGCACAGUUACAGAGGGCCAUGAUCUGAACCUGACCUGCAGCGUCGAUAGUUGGCCAUUGUCGUUCAUCACUUGGACCAAACAUGGGUUGAGAACAGCUUUAGAAAAUGGCACAGGCGCAGCCAGACUCAUCAUGUCUAACGUAACAGUUGAAAGUAGUGGACUCUAUAUCUGCUCAGCAAAGCAUCAGAAUGUCACUGUCACAGAAGAAGUUUACAUCAAGGUGAAUGUGCUGCCUAAGAUCCUAGAGAAGUCUGAAUGUAACGCUUAUUCGGAUGCCCUGACCUGCUGGUGCAUCAGUGAAGGAUUUCCUUCACCCACGAUCACAUGGGAGCCAUUUGGGAACUAUACUCACUACUCUGUCACAACCACUGUGUCAAACUACACAGUCAACAGCACCAUCUUCAUAAAAGUGAUAAAUCCCAUGAGUGUUUCUGCUAUUUGUGUGAGUAGGAAUAAAAAUGGGGAAACAAAAAGGAAUCUUACUACAAGUGAAGUGGAAGAGGAAGGAUAUUUCACAAAUUUGCUGAGGACUGUUACACAAAUGGGAAAAAUUAUUCCCUUUUUGAUUGGUUUGCUACUUUCAGCAAUUGUUUGCUGCUUGUUGCUGCUUUGCUGCAGGAAAAAAAAGAAAUCCCAUGGAGAUAUAUCAGAGACCCUGGAGAUGAUAACUCAAGAGGCAAAUGGUGACAACACAGGAGAUUACGAGCCGAUCCACGUCCAAGGGACUGCUGGAAGAUCUGAAAGCCCAGAAGUUGUAACAUCAGAGAUUGAAUAUUCUGAUGUUAAUUUGUUGUUAGGAAAACAACAAAAUUCUGAGGAAAAUGCAGAUGAAAAACCAAAUAAAUCAGAAACGGAGUAUGCUAAGAUUAGGCAAAAAGGAGCAGGGAUGAAGGGGGAUGGAGAAGGGCAGGAAGAGGAGGAAGAAACACUCUGUGCAACAGAAGCUGUGGAAAAUGAGGCUGUUCCAGUCUAUUCUAAUGUGAAAAAGCUAAAGGAUCAAAUAUGACUGCAGCAGCCUGAGGAAAGACAUGCUGAUAGAAGGAUUGUGAUUCUUCUUAAAGUCAAAUAUAUCUUGCAUUGGCUACAAAUGCAUUCUAGAAGCAGCAAAGAGAAAAGCAGAGAGAUUUCUCUCUAUGAACUGGUUUAAGGGAGAAAGUGAUUGUGUUGAAAGAUGGGAAAUUAAAGUAGCUUCUGGUAAAGCAAGCAGGUGUCAGAUGUGCUUUGCAUAGAUGGUUCCUCUUAAUGAGCAGAGUGAAACUUGGCUGAGUAAAUCAAAAGGUUUUUGAACAGCGGUGCAUAUCCCUAUAACAUUGUUCCUCUUUACUGAACUUUAAAAAAAAAAAUCUUGGGGUUUUUCUCAGUAUUUUAAGGUUCAGUUAAAAAAAAAGAAAAGAUUGUUGAUUUUCUUUGUUUGAUCGCUGCAAAAAGAAAAAUUUAGCAACAGAAACAGAAGCUUCUUAUUUAUUUUGCUUUUAUAGCUGCAUUGAACCUGCAGUGCAGUGCAGGUUUUUAGUGAGAUUUUGUUCUUUCUUUCUUUGUUCUUUCAGUUAUUUUGAUUGUGAGGUAAGGGGAAAAAUUAGAAUCAGCUAUGUGUAAACAACUGUGCAAUAAAAUAAACCUGAUACUUUUACCAAUGUAUUAGGUCAUUGUCUACUGUAAGCAAAAACAUAAUGAUUCAACAGGCCCUUCAUUUAGCAAAUAAAUGCCUAUAUCCUGCAGAUUUGUGCUCACCAAUCUGAAUUUGUCAUAUAAAAACUGUUGUAUGAAAACUCCAGGGAAAAAUGUCUUUUUUGCACAAUCAUCAGUUUGUUUAUGUCUUAACAUUGCUUUGCUAAAGUGCUAUAAAAACUUGACUCUUUUGAAGCUGUAAUAAACAUUCAUUUACCAUAUACUGUAUGUAGUGUUUAUGCAAAAUA